UGUUUCAAAUAUUUUUCUGAUAUUAUGCUUUUGUUUUUCUAAUAUACACACGUUAUGGAUAUUUUUGAAAUAAUUCUUGGAAGUUAUGAAUCAUUUGUGAUCGGUAUCAAAUUCCGUUACAAAAGCCAAAAAUCUAAAGAAUUGGAAUUGGUGCAAUCAUUUAAUGACCAUGUGCAUCAGGCAAGUAUCCGUUCAGUAGCAUGUUCGUCUAAAUACAUGGUAUCUAGUAGUACGGAUGAGACAAUAGAAGUAUAUAACAUGGUCAGGCGAUGCCAUGUGCAUACAAUAUUACAGCACAAUGGUACAGUAACAUCUCUUGCAUUUACUCCAGAUGAAUCGCAUUUAAUCAGUACCAGCGAUGAUGGGUCUAUAGCCAUGUUUGAGACUGGCACAUGGAAGAUAAAGAAACUUUGGGAUAAAGCUCAUAAAGGAUUAGCUGUUGCACACUUGGCAGUUCAUCCUAGUGGUAAAUUAGCAUUAUCUGUUGGAAAAGAUAAAACUUUAAGAACUUGGAAUUUAGUUAAAGGUAGACCUGCAUAUACUACAAAUCAUUCUAGUAUGAGUGCUUAUUACUUUUUCGACAAAAUUAUAUGGUCGCCAGCUGGACAGUAUUAUGCUUUACCUUUAAAUACAAAGUUAAUAAUUUAUAAUGUAGAAACUGCAGGUAUUGCUUUGACUAUUGAAAUCAAUGAAAAAAUACAUGGCGUUACAUUUUUAAUGGAAAAUUUGAUAUGUUUUGGCUCAGAAAAUGGUUCACUGCAUUGUUAUGAUAUUAUUAAAAAAGAAAGAAUAUGGGAAAUGAAAAUUGGAGAUAUCAGAGUGAAAUGCUUGAUAAAAGUUGACAAUUGGCUUGUGACAGCAUUAAGUGAUGGUCAUGUUACUGUCUGGAAACUUAAUGACAGUAAAAAGCCUGUUGAAAGUUGUUCUUUAUUCUUGGAUUGCAGAAUUACAUGCAUAGCAUGUAAUAAUUCUUUCAUAAAAUCAAAAAAUAUAAAAAAUGAAGAAUCAGAGGAAGAAGUGGAAAUCAAAAAUGAUAUUAUUGUGGGUGUAAGUCAACCCAAGGAAACACAGAAAGUCAAAAGAAUAUUAUCAAUAAAUGACCAUCAAAAUAAAAAAAUUAAAUCUUGCAUGAAAAAGAAAAAAAGUUUUUCAUCAAAUUGGACAGUUAGUGAUGAAUGAUAAUAUUUUAAAACAUGUAUUUUUUUAAAUGUUCAUUGGGAUUGUUAUAUUGUUGACAUAAAAAAAUAUA